UAUCAUCUUCAUAAUCAUGUUUUUCAGUAUAAUGAGUGGUGGGUCUAUGCAUUCUGGUUUGGUUGGGCUUGUGUGCCUGGCCAUUGCCUCUGCUAUUUGUUGUUCAAGUGUUGGAAGCUCCAACAACAUCAUGUGCUUGGAGAGUGAAAGGCAUGCUCUUCUCCAGUUCAAACAAGGCCUUGUGGAUGAGUCCAGUGCUCUUGACUCUUGGAAAGGUGAGAAAGAUUGCUGCAAGUGGAGAGGAAUAGCAUGCAACAACCAAACAGGUCAUGUCAUCACUCUUGAUCUCUCUUAUAGUUAUUACCAUUCCAUUAAACGGAGAGGUGAAAUUAGUCCUUCACUACUUGAAUUGCGAUAUCUAAAUUACUUGGACCUCAGUUAUAAUGAUUUUGGAGGAAUGAUCAUUCCCAAGUUCAUUGGCUCUCUGAGUCAACUGAAAGAACUCAAACUUGCAGAUGCUAAUUUCAGUGGACCUAUUCCUCCCCAACUUGGAAACCUCUCUAAUUUGCACACUCUUGAUCUUUACCAUAACCAAGUUGUUAGUCCUGAAAAUCUUGAGUGGUUAUCUCAUCUUUCUUCCUUGAGAUACCUGAACAUGUCAUAUCUAGAUUUGUCAAAGGUUGUGAAUUGGCCACAAUCUUUAAGCAAGCUCACUUCGCUGACCGAGCUUCAGUUAUCUUGGUGUGAGCUUCCUGAUGUCAAUCUAAGAUCACUUCCCUUUAUUAAUUCUUCCACCUCUCUUCAACUCCUUGACCUCUCUGGGAACUCUCUUAAUUCUUCAAUAUUUUAUUGGAUAGCCAAUGUCAGCAGCAACUUUGUCCAUAUUGAUCUGUCUUGGAAUAAACUUGAAGGUGGGAUACCAAAAGGCAUUCAAAACUUAUGCAGCUUAGAGUCGUUGACCUUAUGGUCAAACCAAUUGUCUGAAAACUUUGAGGACUCUGUUAAAACCUUGUCUUGUGCUGAGAACACACUUGAGACCGUGGACUUGGGUUUUAACCAAUUUUGGGGAUCGUUGCCAGAUUUGAAACGUUUUUUUAAGUUAAGAAAGUUAUAUCUUUCCAAUAAUCAACUAAAUGGGUCUGUACCCAAGAGUGUCGGGCAACUCUCUAGCCUUGAAAGCUUGUAUCUCAGAGGGAAUUCUUUGAGUGGUGUCAUAACAGAAGCCCACUUUUUGAACCUCUCUCGUUUACAGUAUUUGAGUCUUUCUGGUAAUCGUUUCUCUAUCAACCUGAGCUCUGAUUGGAAUCCACCAUUUCAGCUUUUGAGGUUAGAUAUGUCCUCUUGCAAGAUGGGACCAGCUUUUCCCAAGUGGAUUCUAACGCAGACAGAUCUUACUGAUCUUUAUCUCUCUAAUGCUGGACUAUCAGGAAAACUGCCGAAUCUAUCAUCGACAAGCUUGUUUACUCUCAACUUGUCUUCUAAUCUAUUUUCUGGCGCAUUGCCAUCAUUUUCUCCUAUGCUACAAAGGCUGUAUCUCUCGAAUAAUAGGUUUUCAGGACAUUUGUCUUCCUUAUGUGCAACGCAGUCUCCAUAUUGGAUGUAUCUUGACAUUUCUAAGAACCUAUUGUCUGGGGAGCUUCCUAAUUGUUGGAUGCAAUUUCAAAGUUUGUAUUCAUUGAACUUGGGAAAGAAUAAAUUAUCUGGAAAAAUACCAAGCUCAUUAGGCAGUCUACAGGGAAUUGGGAUAUUGCGGUUACAUGAUAACAACUUUUCAGGAGAAUUGCCUUCUUUAGAGAACUGUACCGGAUUAUUGAUGGUUGACCUUGGCAACAAUAACUUGUCUGGAAAGAUACCAACAUGGAUUGACCAAAGCCUAAAAAACUUGGUGAUUCUACGCUUACGGUCCAAUGAGUUCAAUGGAAUCAUACCCUUCUCCCUGUGCAGUCUAGCUGCCAUUCAUGUUUUGGACCUCUCUCACAACAGUAUUUCAGGAGGCUUGCCACAUUGCUUCAAUAACAUAACCUCGUUGCCUACUAAUACUGGAGUUGGUGAAAAUGUGGAACUUGUGUGGAAAGGAAUAGAAAGAGAGUUUCCCAAUCUUAUAGGUAUGAGAAGCAUUGACAUUUCAAGCAACUAUUUGAUUGGGGAAAUUCCGCCAAGUAUAGCAAGUAUGACAGAGUUGAAAUCUCUGAACCUGUCUAGAAACAAAUUGACGGGAAAGCUUCCUGAAGACUUUGGUAACAUGAAGAUGUUGGAAUCUCUUGAUUUGUCAAGAAACCGGAUAUCUGGAAGAAUUCCAUCAGGCACCCAACUUCAGGGUUUUAAUGCUUCUCAAUAUAUGGGAAAUCGUGGACUUUGUGGACCACCGCUGACACAAAGUUGUCCAGGAGAAGGAACUGAAAUUGAUAACAAAGAACAUGAUAAUGAUGGUCUCAUAAGCCUGGGAUUUUUUAUCAGUGUUGUGCUGGGAUUCGUCACUGGAUUUUGGAUGGUCUGCGGCAGUUUACUGCUUAAGACUUCUUGGAGAUAUGCUUAUUUCAGAUUCCUGGACAAUGCAAAAGACUGGAUUUAUGUCAAAACCGCUGUGUACAAGGCAAAACUGCAAAGGUGACUUCAAAGAU